AUGCUGGGGCGAGCGGGAUACCUGGAUGCGACGGAAGAGCUUGUGCAAACCAUGCCUUUUCUUCCCAACUCGUGGGACUGGACGUCCAUGCUAAGUUCUUCCAGAGGCGAUAGAAUCUGGAAAAACGGUGCUCGAGUGACGAAACGAGCUUUGCUUUCAAGCCCCAGCGAUGGAGCUGCUCUUACGACGCGCAUUGCCAUUGUUACAUCUGGGGGCACGACCGUGCCCUUGGAGCGACGAUGCGUUAGGGUCAUUGACAAUUUCAGCUUGGGGAGUCGAGGAGCAGCCCAUUUAGAGAUUGUUGGAGCUGCCAUGAAACCAGUUGGCAGGCAUGCUAUGUUUUACUUUGCAGCGGCUGUCUCCGGCUUCUACGUCCCCUGGCCAGCAGACCAUGUAUCUCCAGCAGCAACAAGCAUGAAUCCGGCAGCUGCACGAGAGCUUUGCCUCGAUCUAGAGAAGUGCGUUCUUCUCAUCAAAUCCUCCACAACAAUCGCCCAGGCCAAGUCCACUCACUUGCGAGUUCUUCCUUGUCUCAAACACUUUCCCGGCUCCCAGGUCUUCCUCUCCAAUCUCCUCAUACAAAUGUACGGAAGAUGUGGCAGCAUCUCCGAUGCUUGCUUGGUCUUUGAGGGAAUCCAAGAUAAGAAUUCCUUCUCGUGGGAUCUUUUACUCUCGGCAUAUGCCCAAAACGGGCAUAUUCAAAAGGCAAAGUACGUUUUUGAUGAGAUGCCACAAAGGUCCCCGGCAUCAUGGACGGCCAUGUUGGUGUCAUACGCACGGAGUGGCCACCUUGGUGAUGCCGAGGAUAUGUACAAAUACAUGCCCUUUAAAGACAUUGUGGCCAAAACCUCUAUUCUUGUGGCAUAUGCCCAAUUGGGGCAUCUUGCUAAAGCGCUUAAAAUCUUUAGCGAGAUGCCUCGCGCUGAUCAAAUUUGCUGGAAUGCAAUGCUUUCGGCCCACACCCUAAACGGGAAUCUCAUGGACGCUAGAAGAUUUUUUAAGUCAAUGCCUGCAAGGAAUCUAUCAUCGUGGACGACUAUGCUCUUGGCAUAUUCUCAAGCUGGGCAUCUGGUUGGCGCCAGUUACAUAUUUGAUUCUAUGCCCUACAGGGACAUGGUGUGCUGGAACGCGAUGUUCACGGCAUUCUCCAUCCACGGAUGUCUGGAAGAGGCGCGAGGAAUGUUUGAAGUGAUGCCUGAGCGAGAUCUUGUGUCGUUCAAUGGGAUGCUGUGUGGAUUCGUCUACAAUUUUGCCAGGGAUUUGGAGCACGAGAUGGUGGAGGAAUCGAGAAAACUUUUUGAUUCAAUGCCGGAGCGUGAUCUCGUGUCUUGGACGAACAUGAUCUGCCUGUAUGGCCAGAGUGGAGAUCUGGAAAAGGCGCAAGAAGUAUUUAAUUCCAUGCCGGAUUUUGACGUCGUUUCAAGGACAGCGCUUCUUGUCGCCUUUACCCAAAAUGGCGAUCUCGCUGCUGCUAGAAACGCAUUCGACCAGAUGCCGCAGCGGGAUAUCAUCGCCUGGAAUGCUAUGCUUCUUGCAAAUGCUCAGCAUGGAAAGUUUGUGGAGGCUAGAGCCUUUUUCGCCGCCAUGCCAGUGAGAGAUCUUGUUUCGUGGAACACAAUGCUCAUUGCCUAUGCCGAGCGCGGCGAUUUGGAAUCCGCUAAACUUUGCUUUGAUUCUAUGCCGGGAAGGGAUCAAGUAUCCUGGAAUGCUCUAAUUUCCGCGUAUGCCGAAGCCGGCCAUUUGUCACUGUCGACAUUGAUGUUUGAUAGUGCGCCUUAUCACGAUCUAAUCUCUUGGAAUGCAAGGUUAACAGCAUUCACGCACCAUCUACAGUUUACGGAAUCAGUUAAGAUCUUUCACCAAAUGCCAGACCGAAACAUGGUGUCCUGGAAUGCAAUGCUCUUGGCAUUUGCCAGAACUGGGCAUGCGGUAAAGGCCUUAGCGUUUUUCCAUGCCAUGCCUGCUUGGGAUGUUAUUUCCUUCAACACCAUAUUGGACAUGAAUUGGAGUAUGCAGCUCUUGGCUGCGAUGCUUUUGGAGGGAUUCUUUGCUGAUGAUGUGACGUUCACAUCAGUUUUGUUGGGUUGUAGUCAUCAAGGUGGAAUAGUAAAUGCAGGAAGUGUUCAUUUGUGUGGAGCUAAAGAAGUUCUACUUGCCAUGCCAUUUACACUAGACAGCUGUGAUCGGGUCUUACUCCCAUAUCCUCCUUUUGGAGAAAGCUCGCCAUCUAAUUUUCUCAAUUGGGCUGUGCGUGGAGAGGCUGUACGUCCAGAAGAAGAGUGGAACGCUUUGGAACCUCGCAUCAUAAAGAAAUACCUCAUGGCCAUGAAGAUUUUGUUCAAGGUGCUGUUUGUGAGUGGGAGCUUCCUGUCUGACGAGGUUUUUUCCGCAUCGAGUGUCCUCGUUUUGCCUGCUUCACUCGCAUUGGGUGGCAGCAGCCAAGAACUUGUCAAACGCAAUGGUCCUUUGCUCAUGCAAACGAUGCAGCAAAGUGAGGGUCUCCUUCCAGAACGCCAUUACUGA